AUGGGUUGUUACUGUCUUUACCACUACCUCCUUGCUGCCUUAUUGCUCACCUCAUUUGCAAUCAGUAACCGUGUCCAUAAAAGGUCGACGCUAGACACGCUAUAUGCCGAAAUCUCCGUAGUUGAGGAACAAGAUGUGGGAACCUUUGCAGAGAAUUUAAAUUUCCUCGCAAGGCAGGCUCUUGAACGAGCAGGAAUACAAUACACUGACUUGCGUCCUCUUCAAAUAACUCUACUUGAACCAAACCCCUACUUUCGGAUCUGCUUUGAGGAGGCAUUGAACGCCUCCUUUCUUUGCCUCAAAAAACGCAUUGAUCGAGAGCAGUUAUGUCCAACUGAAGGUAUUUGUUGCCCACGGUAUCAACAGCAGCAAAAGCUCUUCGAUCCUUUGGCAUCUCCCACGAGUGAAAUUCGACAAGAUGAUUGUGCCAUAUCCCUCAUUCUGAUGGUGGAUCUAGUCGAUAUCUUUGAUAACAUCAUGCAGCAGCGGCUUCUAUCCCUCACUAUCCGCGUGUUGGACAUAAAUGACCACGCUCCUACGUGGAGACUGCAAAGGGCCUCGCAGCCACUUGUUCGCGUGUCUAAUGAUCAAAGUCGGUUGAAUACAGCCAUUCCCGUGCUUAAUUUACCAAUUAGAGAACACACAAAAGUGGGUACAAAGAUUGAGCUUCCGGAAGCUGUGGAUCCCGAUGCCUACCCAGAAAACACAACAGUAAACUAUGGCAUCGAAUCAGAUGUGAGUGGUCUCUUUUCACUCGAAUGGACAGGAAAAAUCUCAAGAACUAUCUCAAAUUUUAUUGACUCUCCUCAACCACCGUACAAGCUGUGGUUGGUUCUGAACAAGGAGCUGGAUCGUGACAAGCAGAAGUCGCAUCAAGUUAAAGUAUUCGCUGUAGAUGGAGGAGCUGUGAAGCCGCAAACCGGGUACCUCAUGCUUAAUAUAACAGUAGAGGAUGUGAAUAACCACCCACCAAAGUUUGAGAAAAUUGAGGAACUGGUUUGGGUGCUGGAGCACAGUCCUAUCGGAAGUGUUAUUUAUAGACUACGUGCAAGUGAUAAGGACGAAUCAGAUUUGGACAAAUUGGAGUUUGGUCUUGCUACCUCAGUGACCUCGCAAGUUGCUAGUCUCUUUGCGGUGGACAAGCGAACAGGCGAAAUUAGGGUGCAAGGUGAACUGGACUACGAGAAAAUUACCUCCUAUAAGCUCUCUGUGACGGUAACAGAUGGAUUAUGGUUUGAUGAGGCGGUCAUAACUAUCGGUAUUCUCAAUAUUAACGAUCAUCCGCCUGUCAUAACCCUCCAUUCCCACCUUGCUGCAGCAUCGAAGUUUCAUCUCUUUGAUCCCCACCAUCGUGUUUCCGGCUCUCAGUUAACCAUUGAGGUGAAAGAAAAUGGCUCACCGGAUCAGUUGAUAGCAACUUUCACUGUAACAGACGGAGAUGAUGCAGCAGAAGCGAGGUUUCUUCAAUCUAAUACCCCUAUUCGCGACGCUUUUUUACGGGCUAUUAGCCUCAGUCUUCAAGAGGCCACAGAGAGAAUAAAACAACCCCCUCGAUGCAAACUCAGCAAUGAGCUAAUGGAGAUUGAACUCCUUAGUCUCGACAACCAGUCACACAAAGCGAGGUUUCAAGUGCGUCUUGCCAAUAAGCCGUUAGAUAGAGAGGUUUCUGCGAAACAUUUGGUUCGAAUAGAGUGCUGGGAUCAGGCUAACCGGUUUGGAAAUCACAUCCUUGCUCAGAGUAACAUGGUGGGUUAUAGAAACGCCUUCUCCCGCUCAAAAAGUGUGGUUUUUACCCUUAUUGUUUUGGACGAAAACGAUUCAGUACCGCAAUUUGUGGGACCUAUGAUUGGAAGCGUGGUUGAAGGUCAGCCAGUUGGAACGCUAAUUGCUCAGAUAACAGCAAACGAUGCGGACGAUCCGUACACAAUAAAUGGUCAGGCUGGACUGCGUUAUUCAAUUGUUGGUGAACCUGACGUGACUUAUGUUGCUCAAUCAAAGCCCUCAAAUCUAACCUUCACAGUAAACUCACAAAGCGUUUCGACGUGGUUCACAUUGGAUCCAAGAACGGGUGAGCUCCGCUCCUCCGUCAUCUUUGAUCGUGAGGUCGUAUCUUUCUUCAAUCUGACAGUGAGUGUUACUGACGGUGGAGAGGAUACAAAUUCCAGCCUUAAACGCAACAGUGCCUUUACAACGGUGCAGAUAACCGUUUCAGAUGUCAACGACUGCCAACCCAUAUUUGACAGACUCGUAUACCAGUUAAAUAUUAGCGAAGGCGCAACACCACCUCUAUUGGUAGGUGAAGUGCAUGCAAACGACUGCGAUGCUGAUGAAAUUAACCGGCGCCUCUACUAUUGGCUCCAACAGCAACCAUCGAAUUCCACCUCUGCUGGCCGGUGGUUUACAGUUUCACGUACAGGUGAAUUAUACCUGGGUUCGAAGGGUACAAACGACGGAAAGGUGCACGAUUGGAGACCGCUGGAUCGAGAAAAGGAAGAACUCAUUGUCCUUGAGGUGCUUGCAAGGGACCAUGGUCAGCCAUCGCUGACAGGAUCAGCACAGGUUAUCAUCCGACUUCAGGAUGUAAAUGACAACUCACCUGUUUGGCAUUUCCCGAAACCUAAUGAACGUGUCAUCAAUGUCUCCUUGGACGCGUCUGUUGGACAGAGGGUAGCCGAAGUAAGUCCUGCUGCAAGCUAA